AUGUGGCCGUUGACCAAGAAUGAGACCCGCGUCCUCUUCGAGAAGCUCGCCCGAUACGUUGGCGAGAACAUCCAGCUGCUGGUGGACCGGCCGGAUGGCACAUACUGCUUCAGCCUGCACAAGGACCGUGUCUACUACCUCAGCGAGAGACUUCUGAAACUAGCUACCGAUAUCCCACAGGACAGCCUGGUGUCCCUAGGCACCUGUUUUGGAAAAUUCACCAAGACCCAGAAAUUCCAGCUCCAUAUCACUGCCCUGGAUUACCGCGCCCCUUAUGCCAAGUACAAAGUCUGGGUGAAGCCUGGGGCAGAGCAAUCUUUCCUUUAUGGGAACCACCUCUUGAAGUCCGGUCUGGGGUACAUCACUGAGAGCACUGCUCAGUACCAAGAAGUGGUGGUGUAUUCUAUGGCUGAUGUUCCUCUGGGAUUUGGGGUGGCAGCGAAAACCACCUAGGAGUGUUAAAAAGUGGAUCCCAUGGCAAUUGUAGUAUUUCACCAAGCAGACAUAGGCGAGUACAUAUGGCACGAGGAGACACUGACUU